AUGAUCAGAAUCAACCUUGUUUGGAUGUUAGUCAGUCAAGUGUUCCUGAUUCACUCUGAAGAAGUUCCUCUGCAAAUUCCACUGACCACAGCUCAGCUCGGAGAGUCUGUAUCUCUUCCAUGUUUCUUCUCAGAGACAAUUGAUUAUUUCCAAUGGCUGUACUGGUACAAGCAAACAGCUGGUCAAAUGCCCCAAGUUGUGGCAACUCUAGAAAAGAGAAAAUCAGCUAAUUUUGUUCUUAAUGGAGAGUUUAAUGACCUACGUUUCACAAUGGAGAAAGUAAAAGUUGGAUAUCUUCUCAUCAUCAACAAUAUCAGCAGAUCAGAUGAGGCAGCAUACUUCUGUGGAAUAGGAACAGUGUAUGAGAUGAAGUUUAGAAAUGGAACAUUUUUGGCUGUAAAAGGUAACUUUAUUUCAACUGUAGAGCAACAGCCAGUGUCUGACCCAGUCCAACCAGAAGACUCUGUGACUCUACAGUGUACAGUACUCUCUAAGACCUGUACAGGAGAACACAGUGUGUACUGGUUCAGAGCCGGAUCAGGAGAAUCCUAUCCAGGAGUUAUUUACACCCCUGGGAACAGGAGUGAUGAGUGUAAGAAGAGCCCUGAGACUCCCUCUCCUACACAGAGCUGUGUCUACAGCCUCUCCAAGAACAACCUCAGUCUCUCUGAUGCUGGGACUUAUUACUGUGCUGUGGCCACAUGUGGGGAGAUUCUGUUUGGCAAUGGAAUAAACCUAAAUAUUGGAAGAUCACUGGAACAUGUAGUCAUUGGACUGGGAGUGACAUCGAUUUUCUGUGUGAUUGUAAUCAUUAUCCUCAUCUUCACCAGAAAUACAAAGCCAAUUUGUGAACAUUAUCAAGUGAGUGUUGCACAGCAUAUUGGACAUGACAACUCAAGCACCGAAUGUGAUCAGGAUAAAGAAGGAGUUAUGUUGAACUAUGCUGCAUUGAGUUUCUCUGAGAGGAAAAGUAAAAGAGGAAGAAAGAAGAGAGAGACACCACAGGAGAGUGUGUACUCUGAUGUCAGGUAUUCAGACUGGGAGUGAACUUUGUUCAUGUGCAGAGGAAUGGAUGUAGUUUGGUCAAGAAACUCUUGUUAAUAUAGAUGUAUAUAAUGUAUUCAGACAGUCAUGACAUUUGAUACACUAUAAUGUGUCAUAGAAUAAGCUUGUUCUUCUAGGAGCGUUCUCUGUCAGAGCACCACUGUUAUGGAACGGCUUGUCCUGUGAGGUAGAGGGCCAGAAACUAUUGAGGUCUUUAAAUCAUGCCGGAAAAUCUACCUUUUUAGCUUGGCCUUUAAUCUUAAUCUGUGAUUGUAUUGUUAUUUUAGACUUCCUUAGUGAUUCUAUGUUCUUCUCUUGUAUUGUAUCUAUUGUAUGUUAGCCCUUUGUUUAGAUACACUAUUUAACUGUGAGCCAACUCAGUGGCCUUGUGUUUAUUGUACACUGUGAGAUUAGAAGGUUGAGAGUUUGAUCCCCGGUCAAGUCAUAUCAAUUACCCUAAAAAUGGGAACGGAUUAGUCUCUGUUUGGCAGUCAGCAUAAAGGAGAUGGAUUGGGUUAAGUGUCCUGUCCAGGAGGUGUACUUGUACAUCAAGCUGUCUUCCGCUAUUGAAUAUUGAACCUAUGAGCCGUUCUG